AUGGAUGUUAAUGACAGCCUAAACUCCACUUCCACAACUGAUAAACCCACCAAAAUCAGACUCGAGUGCGAGGAUGAUGAAUACAUAGAGGAUGAAAUCAUCGAAGAAGCCCCCACUGAGUGCUCGAAUCUGGAGGAAGACUCUGUCAUGUGCAUGCCGGAUGGUUCCGCGAUUGAUGGCGAUAAGACUAGCGCCGAUUAUUAUUUCGAUUCCUACUCGCACUUCGGUAUCCAUGAAGAAAUGUUGAAGGAUGCAGUAAGAACUAAAACAUACCAAUCAGUUAUUUAUAAGAAUCCCUUCCUUUUCAAGGAUAAGGUAGUCCUUGAUGUGGGCGCCGGGACAGGAAUCCUCUCACUUUUCUGUGCUAAAGCUGGGGCUAAGCAUGUUUAUGCGGUCGAAUGUUCCAGCAUGGCGGACAUGGCCGAGGAAAUUGUAAAGCUUAACAAUUUUUCAAAUGUGAUAACAGUUCUUAAGGGAAAGAUUGAAGAGAUCGAGCUGCCAGUUGCUCAAGUCGAUAUUAUAAUUUCUGAGUGGAUGGGGUAUUUUCUGGUCUAUGAAAACAUGUUGAACACUGUCCUGUACGCUCGUGACAAGUGGCUGGUCAAAGAUGGACUUGUCCUGCCAGAUAGGGCCUCCCUUCAUUUGACCGCAAUUGAAGAUGCUGAUUACAAGGAAGACAAGAUCGAAUUUUGGAACAAUGUGUACGGAUUUGACAUGAGCUGCAUUAGGAAGCAAGCCUUAUCGGAACCUCUUGUUGACACUGUGGAGCAGAAACAGAUUGUUACAAACUGCCAGUUACUCAAGACAAUGGACAUCUCUAAGAUGGCUCUGGAGGAUGCUUCCUUCACUGCACCUUUUAAACUUGUGGCAGAACGCGAUGACUACAUACAUGCUCUUGUUGCUUAUUUCGAUGUUUCUUUUACUAAAUGUCAUAAGUUGUUGGGCUUCUCUACAGGGCCCAAGUCACGAGCUACUCAUUGGAAACAAACAGUUCUCUACCUUGAAGAUGUGCUGACUAUAUGCCAAGGAGAGGCAGUCGUAGGAACUAUGACUGUUGCACCUAACAAGAAGAAUCCUCGGGAUGUGGAUAUAAUGCUCAAGUAUUCGCUGAAUGGACGACAUUGCCAGGUCUCAAGAACACAAAAUUACAAAAUGCACUAA